UCAAACAACCACGCCCACCGAGGCAAAGAAGCUUUAGGCUGAGGCGUGGCCGGUCGCCGGUCAGGGACCGGGAAAGGAAUCUUAUAGCUGCCUUUAGACAUGAUCUGUGGAUUUCCCAUAUUUCCGGCAUCAGUCGUCACUUCCUGCUUGACUCUUUGGCCACUAGCUGGGAGGCCUGACUGUUUCUGUGGACAAACAAGCCAGUUUUAACUUGCUUGGAGCAAUGCUGAAAUUCCAAGAGACUAAGUAUGCGAGAGGGUGCACAGCCACUUCCAAGUAUCCAGCUCCCUUGAUUGCAAGAAGAUAUGUUCUUCAGCAGAAACUUGGCAGUGGAAGUUUUGGAACUGUCUAUCUGGUGUCAGACAAGAAAGCCAAACAGGGGGAGGAGCUAAAGGUACUCAAGGAAAUCUCUGUUGGAGAAUUAAACCCAAAUGAAACUGUUCAGGCCAGUGUGGAAGCCCAGCUCCUUUCCAAGCUAAAUCAUCCAGCCAUUGUCAAGUUCCAUGCAAGCUUCGUGGAGCAGGAUAAUUUCUGCAUUAUCACAGAAUACUGUGAGGGCCGAGAUCUGGACUAUAAAAUUCAGGAAUAUAAAGAAGCUGGGAAAAUCUUUCCUGAAAAUCAGAUUGUGGAAUGGUUUAUCCAGUUGUUGCUUGGAGUUGAUUAUAUGCACGAGAGGAGGAUACUCCAUCGAGACUUGAAAUCAAAGAAUGUAUUUCUGAAAAAUAAUCAACUUAAAAUCGGGGAUUUUGGAGUUUCUCGACUGCUAAUGGGAUCGUGUGAGCUGGCUACAACUUUAACCGGGACUCCCCAUUAUAUGAGUCCUGAGGCCCUGAAGCACCAAGGCUAUGAUGCCAAGUCUGACAUCUGGUCACUGGCAUGCAUUUUAUACGAGAUGUGUUGCAUGGAUCACGCGUUUGCUGGUUCCAGUUUCUUGUCUGUGGUUUUAAAUAUUGUUGAAGGCAACACACCUUCACUUCCCGAGAGAUUCUCACGAGAACUAAACACCAUCAUGGAAUGCAUGUUGAACAAGAGUCCUUCCUUGAGACCAUCUGCUAUAGAAGUUUUAAAAAUCCCUUACAUCGAAGAGCACCUUCAGCACCUGAUGUGUAAAUAUUCAGACGCGACGCUGGAAGGCAAGAACUCGGUUUGUCAGAAGGAUGCUGUUCAUAUCAUUAGUGCCAUGCAGAAAAAGAUCCACCUGCAGACUCUGCAAGCCCUGUCUGAAGUGCAGAAAAUGACUCCGAGGGAAAGGAUGCGGCUGAGGAAGCUGCAGGCCGCUGAUGAGAAAGCCAGGAAGCUGAAAAAGAUUGUGGAAGAAAAAUAUAAAGAAAAUAGCAAGCAGAUGAAAGACUCAAGAUUCCAGGAGUUUGAACCUCUAGGAGUUGGUGUGCCCCAUGAAUUAGAUGAACGGACUUUGGAGAACCUGCCUGACCCUCAGUCCCUUCCUUCUCUGGACCUCGACGAAGUAGAGUCAAGUUUGGACGACACCAUAGUUGGCCUUGGACAUUAUGGGAUCCCAGAAGACCCGCUGGUUGCUGAAGAGUAUUAUACCGAUGCAUUUGAUUCCUGUUCUGAGGAGAGUGAGGAGCAGGAGGAAGAAAUGGUGUUCUCAGAAGCAGAGGGAGAAAUGACGGACAAGGAAGCCCCACCUGCUUACAGAACAAACCAACAGGACAGUGAUAUUGAAGCCCUGGUUGGGUGUUUGGAAAAUGUCCUGGGUUGCACCUCUCUAGACACAAAGACCGUUACCAGUGCGGCUGCAGACAUGUCCCCCGGACCAUCAGUUUUCAACAGCGCCAUGGCCAGGACCAAGAUGAAACACAUAAAGGAAUCAGCCAUGCAGAAGCUAGGAACGGAAGUGUUUGAGGAGGUCUACAGUUACCUCCGGAGAGCAAGGCAUCAAAAGGCCUGUGAAGCAGAGAUCCGGGAGCACCUGGAGACAGUGGUUCCUCGAGCCAGCGACUGCUUUGAAGUCGACCAACUCCUCUACUUUGAGGACCAGCUGCUGACCACAGAAGGAAGAGAGCCCACUCUCCAGAGCCGCCACUGGGAAGCUGCCACCAAAGAAGCACAUAAAUUUCUGUGAAAAUUGAUGGGGUUUACACUCUGAACUACAUUGUGGGAAACCAGUGCGCAACUGGAGCCGCCAUCUUUACCUUCGACCCUGGUCAGAAGUUUGGUUAUCUGUCUGCUGGUGCUGGGAGCCCUAGGUCAAGGUCAUAGAUGACGUCUGGGGUCCUGGAAGGCUUUCCUUCAUGCCUGCAAUCUUCACUCAGGGUUUCUAGUGGGGUGGAAACUCUGACAACACAGAUGCUCUGUGCUGUGUCCAUCCAGGACAUGCUCAGUGCACCACCACCAUAAUCUCCAGGAAGUAUGGCCAACGUGCUUGUGAUGGACACAAGACACCGGCCUGGACAUUGGCCUGCUCAUCUUCAGUGAUUAUUUUGAUCAACACUUUUUUUCCUUUCUAUGACCAAUGUGCAUGUAGUAUGUAAAUAAUGGGCUUGGAUAGAAAAAUCCCCAAAGUGAUUCCCUUCUGUGAUUUAUUCCCAAAACUCACUCAUGGAGCAAUAAAGCCUUUUAUUCAU